AUGGCCAAACCGAAGUACCUAAAAAAGAAGCAAGAAGCCGCUGCAGCGGCGGCGGCAGCUGAGCAGCAAAAAAAGGAACAAGAUGGGGAUCCGUCAGUGGCGAAAGGCGCAGGUGCUCCGGAUGAGGAACCAAAGAGCUCCGGUGCGAUGGUGGCGUUCGCGAAUCCCGUGUUCCGUGACGGUGUGAGCGAUAUUCUUGUGGAAAAAAUCGAUAUUAGCUACCAGGGAGUUCAUAUUCUGGAGAAUGCCACCUUGAACCUGGUUGCGGGACACCGUUAUGGUCUUGUGGGUCCUAAUGGAUGCGGUAAGUCAACUUUGUUGAAGGUUCUUGGCUGUCACGAAAUACCGUUUCCCAAACAUGUUGAUAGGUAUUUUGUGUCGCAUGAGGUCGAAGCAUCCGAUAUGUCAGCUAUUGACGCAGUAGUGUCCGUGGACAAGGAAAAGGAGCUGCUGGAGAAAGAAAUAGAGGAGUUGGCGCUUGCAGAUCAGGAGGAUCCUGUAGUGACGCAGCGUAUGGAUGACAUUUACAAGCGCCUGGAUGAGUUGGAUGCCGACACUGCGCUAGCGCGCGCAGGGAAAAUAUUGUUUGGUCUUGGCUUUACGCCAGAGAUGCAGUUACGGCCGACGAAGUCAUUUUCUGGUGGGUGGCGUAUGCGCAUUUCCCUAGCUCAGGCGCUGUUCAUUAAUCCAACAGUUCUUCUUCUUGACGAACCAACGAACCAUCUCGACAUUGAGGCCGUGGUGUGGUUGGAGAACUAUCUCUCCAAGUUCAAGAAAAUUCUUUUCAUGGUAUCCCACUCGCAGGAUUUCAUGAAUAGCGUCUGCACCAAGGUGGCUCAUAUGGCCCGGGGGAAGCUCGAUUACUACGACGGAAACUACGACCAGUACUGCAUAACGCGUGCAGAAAAGGAGAGUAACCAGAUGCGCCGCUUUCAGUGGGAACAGAACCAGAUUAAGAGCAUGAAAGAGUAUAUUGCCCGUUUCGGUCAUGGUAGUGCAAAGCUUGCACGGCAGGCCCAGUCAAAGGAAAAGACGCUUGCCCGUAUGACACGUGGUGGCCUCACUGAAAAUGUGGCCAAAGACAGGCAAGUAAACUUUUGGUUCCCCUGCGCGGGACCGCUUCCCCCGCCGAUGCUUCAGUUCCGAGAGGUGUCUUUUGCCUACCCAGGGCGUGACCCUCUUUUCCAGGACCUUGAACUUGGAGUAGACAUGGAAUCACGUAUCUGUCUUGUUGGACCGAAUGGUGCAGGGAAGACAACCCUGACAAAGCUAAUGUGCCGUGAGCUGGAACCCACAACUGGUUAUGUUGCUAAGAAUGCUCACUGCAUCAUUGCUCGUUUCCAUCAGCACUUCGUGGAUCAAAUCGAUUUGUCCCUUUCGCCGCUAGAAUGGAUGGGACAAGAGUACCCAACGGUGACCGACCCCAAUAUACUGCGCAGCGCGCUCGGACGAUUUGGUGUAUCCGGCAAGCUUCAGAUGACACCCAUGAACACCCUUUCGGACGGCCAGAAGUCAAGAGUGGUCUUUUCCUGGAUGGCAUUCAAAACGCCUCACUUGAUGAUUCUUGACGAGCCAACAAACCACCUUGAUAUUGAGUCCAUUGACGCUUUGGCCGAUGCGGUUAACAGUUUUGAGGGUGCUGUGGUGGUGGUUUCCCACGAUCUCCGCCUCAUCGCGCAGAUUGCCGAAGAAAUUUGGAUUGUGGACCAGGGGAAAUGCCGCAAGUUUGAUGGUGACAUCGCCGACUACAAGGAACAUGUCCAGCGUGAAGUCAACCGUAUGACAGAAGACUACGCCAACCGGAAGUGA